UUUAACCCAGUCCACAAGAACAAGAAAAAGUAAGCCGAUAGCACUUCUGACUCUGAAGCCACUCCCCACACCUCUAUGCACGCCGACGGCCGCGCCGGCGGAGAUGCCACCACCGACCCUUCCUCCGCGUACUUCAUCGACGCCGCCCACCCGUACGCGGCCGCCGCCGCUUCCGCGCUCACCUCCCACCGCGCCAAGUCCAAGUGGUCCCAGCUCGCCUCCCUGCCGCUCCCCGACCCCCUCCCGGCGUCCGCCGUCUCCGCCGUCCUCCUCCUCCUCCGCCACCGGCCCCACGUAGCGCUCAGCUUCCACCAGUUCGCCCUCCGCCGCCUCCUCCUCGCCCGCUCCCCGCCCCCGCUCAUCCUCUCCGCCUCCGCCGCGCACGUCGCGGCCGCCUCCCGCCUCCGCCGCGCGGCCAUAUCCGUCCUCUCCUCCGCCACCUGCCACUACUCCCCCUCCCAGAUCUUCAACGCCCUCGCCGCCACCUACCGCCGCUUCGCGUCGGCCCCCUUCGUCUUCGACCUCCUCCUCCUCGCCUACCUCCGCUCCCGCCGCGAACCCCUCGCGGCGGCCUCCAUCGCCCGCCGCUACCUCGCCUCCGGCGCCUGCCCCCUCCCCUCCACCGUGGCGCUGCUCUUCCGCUCCCUUCCCUGCGCCGAGUCCGCCCUCGAGAUGUACCGCCAAAUCUACACGCGUCCGGGUCCAAGAACCAACCGCGUGCUCCAGCCGACGGCGCAGACCUUCAACUCCCUCCUCCUCGCUUUCUACCGCCAUGGCAAGCCCGAGGAUUUCGACAUUGUGCUCGACGAAAUGGACAGGUACUCCUGCAAGCACAAUGUGGGCACUUACAACAUUCGGAUGGCCGCGUGCUGUGAUGACAGGGAGAUGGAGAAGGCGCGAGGGUUGUGGGAUGAGAUGGUUCAGGGAGGGAUCCAGCCAGAUGUCACCUCAUACAACACGAUGAUUGGUGGGUAUUGUGCUGCCGGAGAGAUGGGGAUGGCAGAGGAGAUGUAUAAGGACAUGGAGAUUUCUGGGAUUGAGCCAAGUGUUACAACAUUUGAGUGGUUGGUUAGAGGGCAUUGUAGGUCAGGGGAUGUUGAUGCUGCGAUGCUUGUUCGCGUAGACCUCAGAAGGAGGGGAUUUGGUAUGGCAGCGGAGGUUGUCGAGGAGAUGGUUGAUAGAUUGUGUCAGAAGAGGAGAGUUGAGGAGGCAUUAGAUAUUUUGAGGGCAGAGAUGAAGAGGGAAGAGUUCACACCGAGUCGGGGAAGCUAUGAGGUGCUGAUAAGGGGAUUUUGUGAGAAAGGGGAAAUGGAGGUGGCGAUGAGACUCCAGGCAGAGAUGGCCGGGAAGGGAUUCAAAGCCGGUGCUGAGGUAUACCAUGCUUUUGUCCGCGCUUAUGAGAAGGAUGAGGACCACGAGAUGGUUGAGAGGUUGAGGAAGGAAAUGGCAGCGAUAGGCAUUGAGGAUGGAAGUGACCUGGAUUGUAUGCAAUGAUGGGUUCUUUAAGCUUCGUAUGUUGCUGUUCAGCACACUGGUUCGUUAACAUCUGCGGUGCUUGUAGGCAAAGAGUUAAUUGGCCAACUCCCUUCAUUAUUUGAGGCAUGUACCACAUGGAAUGCAACUAUGAAAUUAUACAAAUUUCAUGGUCGAUGUAUGUAGUGUGCGCCCUUGGUUCUGAAAUCUAAUGUUCCGGUUGGCAUCGAUGCUGAAAGUACAAAAUAUGGCGCCAAAAAUAACAAUAUUCAUUUCUAUGUCACAGUUCCGCCCCUAAGGGAGUUGGCAAGCACUGCAUGCAUACUCCAGCAAGGAAGAUCCCUGAGACAAUGCAAAGUAUCCAUUCCUGAGUGCAUCACUGAACUGACCUCUCAUGAUCAGUGCUUUCUAUGUGUUUGCUUGAUUUACAGACCUGGAUAUUGACAAGGGUGGGAGCGUGUGUUAUAUACAUGCGUCGGAGAGCUGGCAAUUGCAAAGGACGAACUCGCCAAGAGAGAAAGGAGCAAGACAGGCAGUGAGAGGCAGUAUGUUCAUCGCCGUGGUCAGUGUUCUGUCAGUAGGCAAAACCACGCAGCAGGCCAGAGAAGCCAAGCGUUUUGGUGUGAUGUGUGUAUGUAAAGUGAUUUAAGUAAUACUAGCACCCUGGCACUCUUUACCUUGCUUUAAAACGAAUUUGCUUCUGUCAUUCAAAUGAUUUUACGGAAA